AUGACAGAUGCCCCGUCGGAACUUCAAACCGCCAAUAUCAUUGUCGGCAGCGGUGAACCAAGGCAGCUCUUCAACGUCCGCAUCGAUCUCCUCAUAAAGCACUCUGAGUACUUCAAGAAAGCCCUUAACAAAGACUGGCAGGAAGGCCAAACCCGACAAGUCAAGCUUGACGACGUUGAUCCGGAUAUCUUUAAGAUCUUCAACAACUUCCUCAAGGAAGGCAUUAUCUAUAGUAGCAAGGAAGGGGACGUCUGUUUUGCCAAGCCUGGUGACACAACUCAGACGGACAAGGAAUUGGGACGGUUGGUUGCGAGCUGGAACUUGGGCGACCGCCUCAUGUCGACAUCCUUCAAAGAUGGAGUUGUCGAUGCGCUGCGCUCAAAGACCAUAGUCGACGGAGACUACCUACAGCAGAUGCAUCCCUCCGUCUACUCUUCUAGCUCGCCAUCUUCACGCAUCCGCCUACUGGUCGUCGACUUCGCCGUCUGGGGCUGGAAUACCAGCACGUAUCGACAGGCCGAGCGCUCCGAGGAAGAUGUCGAUUUCUUGUUCGAUGUGGCGCUUGCUUUCAAGGAGAGGGCAGAGUCGAAGCCACCGGCCAAAAAUCCAAUCACCGGCAAGGACAAAUGCAGGUACCACGAACACGUCCGGGAGGGCAAGCCCUGCUACACCACAAUGUUCUGA